GAAGAGAAGACUUGGAAAAGUUGCCAAGACUUUCGACUCAAUUCCUUUUGAUAAAAAUUAGUUGAUUAGAGCUCCCAAGAAAUGUAGAAACACUCAGACAAUAGUCUUUGGAAAAAAAAAACUUCACCUAAAAAAAUGAUAAUAUCACUGUUUUUGCUGUUGUUGAAGCUGCAAUCACUAUCACAACUAACUGUUUCUUCAUCCUCCUUGAAGAGAACUUCACCUAUUGCAAAGCCUAAUUGCUCAGAUCAUUGUGGUAAUGUCAGGAUUCCACAUCCCUUUGGGAUUGGUGCUGGCUGCUAUUAUAAUGAAUCCUAUGCAAUCAUUUGUAACACUUCUUUUUCUCCCCCUAAACCAUUCUUGUAUCAUUUUAAUCUUGAGAUAUUGGACAUAAAUUGGCCUGGCAGAAAUUCAAAAGGACACGCACUUAGUGAUGAGGAGGCAUCUGAGCAAAUUCUUUUAGUGGGGAACAUCCUUCAAAAUAUAUGUAGAAGUCAUGGUGGUGAUGCUGCUGAGCCGGUUGACCUCCAAAAUAGUCCGUAUCGCUUUUCAAGAUGGUUCAAUGUUUUUGCAGUGAGCGGUUGUGGUGUUAAUGCUGUAUUGAAGAAUAGGGAUGGGGAUAUUGUGACUGGAUGUGCUUCAAUGUGCAUGAAUGAUACUUCUAAGACAAAAAGUAGCAACUGUUUUGGGAUUGAAUGCUGCCAGGCUACCCUCCUGCCAUCAUCUCAAACUGCUUACGGUUUAGAAAGAUCAACUGGUCUUGAUUUUUAUGAGAUUGUGUCGAGUUCCCAGACUUGCAAUGUGGCUGCAGGCUUGCUUCAUAUUGGCUCCAUGACAAAUUUCUCUCGGAAUAUUUCAAGUCCUAAAUUAUUUUCAACGGUAUUAGAAUGGAGAACUGCUGAUAUUGCACCAUCUGAGACUUUUUAUUGUGAUGACUACCGAGGUGUCUCUCAAACGUGUUCGUGUUCGGACUACCACGGCUAUAAAGGAAACCCUUAUCUUCCAAAUGGAUGCCAAUUGGUGAAAGAAUGCCAGAAGUGUAAACAUGGUUGUGCUUUGAAUGAAACAUAUUUUGGAGCUGCUUAUUAUUAUUGUGAGAAGCAUCAUUUGCUUAAACGGUCAUCUAUUCUUGGAUUCAGCAUAAGCACAGGAUCUGUGAUUUUACUCCUAGGUUGCUAUUGGCUUUACAGAUUUGGAAAAAGGAUAAAAGCAGUUAAGCAAAAAGCUAAAUACUUUAAGAGAAAUGGUGGUUUACUAUUGCAGCAGCAAAUAUCUUCUAGAGAUGGUGUUGUUGAUAAAACUACAAUUUUUACUCUCAGCGAGUUGGAGAAAGGGACGAACAAUUUUAGUGAAGACAGAAUACUUGGCCAAGGAGGACAAGGUACCGUCUACAAAGGAAUGUUAGUGGAUGGAAGCAUUGUUGCCAUUAAGAAGUCUAAAGUGGUAGACAAGAACCAGUUGGAACAAUUUAUCAAUGAAUUGGUUAUUCUUUCUCUUGUCAAUCACCGGAGUGUGGUCAAAUUACUGGGAUGUUGUUUAGAGACAGAAGUUCCAUUGCUUGUUUAUGAGUUCAUCGUAAAUGGAACAUUGUACCAACAUCUUCAUGACCCAAGUGAAGAUUUUCAUAUUACUUGGAAAAUGCGCUUACAAAUUGCCUCCGAAUCAGCUAGUGCUCUAACAUAUCUACAUUCUUCUUCUUCUGCUCCAAUAUAUCAUAGAGACAUUAAGUCCUCCAAUAUACUUUUAGAUGACAAAUACAGGGCAAAAGUUUCAGACUUUGGAACUUCGAGGGCUAUUACCAUUGAGCAAACACAUGUUACGACAUGUGUUCAAGGCACAUAUGGUUAUUUGGAUCCCGAGUAUUUUCAAUCAAAUCAGUUUACUGAAAAAAGUGAUGUUUAUAGUUUUGGAGUAGUUCUUGUUGAACUCUUAACAGGGAAAAAACCGGUUUUCCCCACUACAUCUGGUGGGUGGAUGAGCUUGGCCACUGAAUUCCUCUUUCAAAUGGAAAAUUCUUGUCUGUUUGAUAAUUUGGACUCUCGGAUUUGUGAAGAGGCCAAGAAAGAUGAGUUAAUAGCAGUUGCUAACCUUGCAAGGCAAUGCCUGAAUAUGAAUGGAAAACAGCGGCCCACAAUGAGAGAAAUCGCUGUCCUACUUGAAGCAAUCAGAUCUCCCCAUUUGUCCAAGCCAACAGGAUCAAAAUGUUUAGACAGUGAGUUGGUGGUGAUGGAGUAUAAUAGUCCUUGUAAUACAGAGACAGCCUUUUUUGACUGUAGCUCCUGCACUUCAUGUUCUAUUGAAGGCAUGCCACUAAUUUCUGAUGACUGAAUGUUAUAGGUACUUCUUGAUCACUUAAUCUGUAGUGAUUCUAUGGAAGUUUCUCAUGGACAUGGGACAAUUGCGACACCACUAGAAAAUGUCGAGAAUAAAAGUGGAUCCAAAAGAAUUGAUCAAAAGAAGGGUUGAACAAUCCAUUUGGAUGUUUUCCGGAGGAAAAAGCAGAGUUUGGUUUUCUUGAUGGCCAUAGCCCACAGGAAAGCUGAUUUGACUUUAGCUGUUGAUCUGAUGCCAAGUUUAUUAUUUCAAUUACGAUUAUUGCUCUGUUUUAGGAGUAGGAUCUAAUGUAUAUAAUUGUAAUCAAAUCUUAUAAAUAGUAAUCAAUUACUAUAAAUAAUCACAAAUUACAUUAGUUAGUUAAAUUCAAUUCACUUUUUUAAUCAAAUCCUUAUAAUCUCUCUAUAA